AUGCUCUGCGCAAGGCCAAAGGCGGUGGUGCUCCUGGGAGCUCUACUGACUGCAUCCCUGGAUCCAGCAGGCGGCCAGGACUCACCUGCACUGUCCUGGGAAGUGCAGCGCUAUGACGGCUGGUUCAACAACCUGAGGCAUCACGAGCUUGGCGCAGCUGGCUUCAGACUGCAGCGUCUGGUACCAGCCAAUUACGCGGAUGGCGUUUAUCAGGCUCUGGGGGAGCCGCUGCUGCCCAACCCGCGCCGACUCAGCGACGCCGCCAUGCGGGGCACAGCCGGGCAGGCCUCCCGCCGCAACCGCACGGUGCUGGGGGUCUUCUUUGGCUACCACUUGCUGUCCGACCUGGUGAGCGUGGAGACACCUGGCUGCCCAGCCGAGUUCCUCAACAUCCACAUCCCGCCCGGGGACCCGGUGUUCGACCCGGACCAGCGCGGGGACGUGGUCCUACCCUUCCAGAGGAGCCGCUGGGACCCCGAGACCGGACAGAGCCCCAGUAACCCCCGGGACCUGACCAACGAGGUGACGGGCUGGCUGGACGGCAGCGCCAUCUAUGGCUCCUCGCACUCCUGGAGCGACGCGCUGCGGAGCUUCUCCGGGGGGCAGCUGGCGUCGGGGCCCGACCCCGCCUUCCCCCGCAACGCGCAAAGCCCCCUGCUCAUGUGGACGCCGCCCGACCCCGCCACGGGACAGCGCGGGCCCCGGGGGCUGUAUGCCUUCGGGGCGGAGCGAGGGAACCGCGACCCCUUCCUGCAGGCGCUGGGCCUGCUGUGGUUCCGCUACCACAACGUGUGGGCGCAGCGGCUGGCCCGCGAGCACCCGCGGUGGGGGGACGAGGAGCUGUUUCAGCACGCGCGCAAGAGGGUCAUCGCCACCUACCAGAACAUCGCUCUGUAUGAGUGGCUGCCCAGCUUCCUGCAGAAAACACCUCCGAAGUAUGCAGGGUACCGUUCUUUCUUGGACCCCAGCAUCUCCCCAGAGUUCCUGGCAGCCUCUGAGCAGUUCUUCUCCACCAUGGUGCCUCCUGGCGUCUACAUGAGAAAUGCCAGCUGUCAUUUCCAGAUGGUCCUGAACCAGGGUCUUGGCAGCUCCCCAGCUCUCAGAGUCUGCAACAGCUACUGGAUUCGGGAGAACGCCAAUCUGAACAGUGCCCAGGCGGUGAAUCACCUGCUGCUGGGAAUGGCCUCCCAGAUUUCAGAGAUGGAAGACAGGAUAGUGGUUGAAGAUCUGAGGGAUUAUUGGCCUGGCCCUGGCAAGUUCUCCCGCACAGACUACGUGGCCAGCAGCAUCCAACGUGGCCGAGAUAUGGGGUUGCCCAGCUAUACUCAAGCCCUGAAGGCUUUGGGGUUGGAAACCCCAAAGAACUGGAGUGACAUCAACCCCAAUGUGGACCCCCAGGUGCUGGAGGCUACAGCUGCCCUGUACAACCAUGACCUUUCCCUGCUGGAGCUGCUCCCUGGGGGGUUCUUGGAGAGCCACGGGGACCCAGGGACCCUCUUCAAUGCCAUCGUCCUCGACCAGUUUGUGCGGCUGCGGGAUGGUGACCGCUACUGGUUUGAGAACACCAGGAAUGGGCUGUUCUCCAGAGAGGAAAUUGCAGAAAUCAGAAACACCACUCUUUGGGACGUCCUAGUGGCUGUUACCAAUGUGGACGCCAGUGCCCUGCAGCCCAAUGUCUUUAUCUGGCAUGACGGUGCACCCUGCCCUCAGCCUCGGCAGCUCACAACUGAAGGCUUGCCCAGCUGUGUGCCCCUGACGGUGAUUGACUACUUCGAGGGCAGUGGUCCUGGUUUUGGCAUCACCAUUGUGGCUCUCUGCUGUCUUCCAUUAGUGAGUCUGCUUAUCUCUGGGGUUGUGGCCCAUUUCCGGGGCCGAGAGCGCAAGAGACUACAGAAGAAAGGCAAAGAGAGUGUGAAGAGAGAAGCAGCCAAAGAUGGGGUGUCAGCAAUGGAGUGGCCAGGCCCCAGGGAGAAGAGCUAUCCCAUCACCAUCCAGCUGCUCCCAGACCGACGUCUACAGGUCCUAGACAGGCGGCUGUCUGUGCUCCGCACCGUCCAGCUGCAGCCCACACAGAAGGUCAACCUCAUCCUGUCCAGCAACCGCGGGCGCCACACCCUUCUGCUCAAGAUCCCCAAGGAGUAUGACCUGGUGCUGCUGUUUAACUCUGAGGAGGACCGGGGCACCUUUGUUCAGCAUCUGCAGGGCUUCUGUGUGCAGUGGACUCUGGGCCUUGACGUGACUGAGUUGGAAGAGAAUGAGCUGUUCAGAAGGGCUGUGACCAAGCAGCAGCGGGCCCGUAUCCUGGAGAUCUUCUUCAGGAACCUCUUUGCCCAGGUGCUGGACAUCGACCAGGCGAAUGCAGGCACCCUGCCCCUGGACUCCUCACAGAAGGUGCGGGAGGCCCUGACUUGUGAGCUGAGCAGAGCUGAGUUUGCCGAGUCCCUGGGCCUCAAGCCCCAGGACAUGUUUGUAGAGUCCAUGUUCUCUCUUGCUGACAAAGAUGGCAAUGGCUAUCUGUCCUUCCGGGAGUUUUCCAUGUACCGGGAGUCGGGCUUCCAGGAUAAGGAGGAGCUGACGUGGGAGGAUUUCCACUUCAUGCUGCGGGACCAUGACAGCGAGCUCCAACGCACUCAGCUCUGCGUCAGAGGUGGAGGUGGAAGUACAAAUGGUGUUGGAGACAUCUUUAAACCAAACAUCAGCUGUCGAGUCUCAUUCAUCACUCGGACUCCUGGGGAACGAUCCUGCUCUCAGGAACUAGGGCUCCCUGCCUCAGAAGCCCCAGAGCUGGGAGGUCCGGUGCUGAAGAAGAGGUUUGGCAAAAAGACAGUGGUGCCCCCUCCCCGGCUGUACACGGAGGCACUGAAGGAGAAGAUGCAGCGGGGCCCCCUGGCCCAGAAGCUGCGACAGUACAAGCGCUUUGUGGAGAACUACCUGCGGCACAUCAUGUGUGUGGCGGUCUUCUCUGCCAUCUGUGCUGGCCUGUUUGCAGAGCGUGCCUACUAUUAUGCCUUUGCCUCACCACCCUCGGGCAUCGCACAGACCACCUUUGUGGGCAUCAUCCUGUCCCGGGGCACGGCCGCCAGCAUCUCCUUCAUGUUCUCCUACAUCCUGCUCACCAUGUGCCGCAACCUCAUCACCUUCCUGCGCGAGACCUUCCUCAACCGCUACAUACCCUUCGACGCCGCCGUGGACUUCCAUCGCUGGAUCGCCAUGGCUGCCGUUGUCCUGGCCAUUUUGCACAGUGCUGGCCAUGCAGUCAAUGUCUUCAUCUUCUCAGUCAGCCCCCUCAGCCUGCUGGCCUGUGUCUUUCCCAACGUCUUUGUGAAUGAUGGGUCCCAACUUCCCCAAAAGUUCUACUGGUGGUUCUUCGAGACAGUCCCAGGCAUGACAGGGGUGCUCCUGCUCGUGGUCCUGGCCAUCAUGUAUGUGUUCGCCUCCCACCACUUCCGGCGCCGUAGCUUCCGGGGCUUCUGGCUGACCCACCACCUCUACAUCCUGCUCUAUGUGUUGCUCAUCAUCCACGGCAGCUUCGGCCUGAUCCAGCUGCCCCGUUUCCACAUCUACUUCCUGGUCCCAGCACUAAUCUAUGGGGGGGACAAGCUGGUGAGCCUGAGCCGGAAGAAGGUGGAGAUCAGCGUGGUGAAGGCGGAGCUGCUGCCUUCAGGAGUGACUCACCUGCAAUUCCAACGGCCCCAAGGCUUUGAGUACAAGUCAGGACAGUGGGUGCGGAUUGCCUGUCUGACUCUGGGGACCAACGAGUACCACCCAUUUACACUGACUUCUGCGCCCCAUGAGGACACGCUCAGCCUUCACAUCCGGGCAGCAGGGCCCUGGACCACUCGCCUCAGGGAGAUCUACUCACCUCCAAUGGGCGACGGCUGUUCCAGAUACCCAAAGCUGUACCUCGAUGGGCCAUUUGGAGAGGGCCACCAGGAGUGGCAUAAAUUUGAGGUGUCCGUGCUGGUGGGAGGGGGCAUUGGGGUCACCCCCUUUGCCUCAAUCCUCAAAGACCUGGUCUUCAAGUCAUCGUUGGGCAGCCAAAUGCUCUGUAAAAAGAUCUACUUCAUCUGGGUGACACGGACCCAGCGGCAGUUUGAGUGGCUGGCUGACAUCAUCCGGGAGGUGGAGGAGAAUGACUGCCAGGACCUGGUGUCCGUGCACAUCUACAUCACCCAGCUGGCUGAGAAGUUUGACCUCAGGACCACCAUGCUGUACAUCUGUGAGCGACACUUCCAGAAGGUGCUGAACCGGAGUCUGUUCACAGGCCUGCGUUCCAUCACGCACUUUGGCCGCCCCCCCUUCGAGCUCUUCUUCAAAUCCCUGCAGGAGGUCCACCCACAGGUACGGAAGAUUGGAGUGUUCAGCUGUGGCCCUCCAGGAAUGACCAAGAAUGUAGAGAAGGCCUGUCAGCUCAUCAACAGGCAGGACCAGACCCACUUCAUGCAUCACUAUGAGAACUUCUGA